GCCCCGAUUUCGGGAAGCGCGCGAGCGCCCGCGGAUGCCAGCGCCGCUGGACGUCCGGACGGCAUGAGACCUCCGCGCUGCUCGUGGCCUUCCCCGUGGUGUUCACGCUGAGCAGGACGGCCUGGAGCGAGGCGAUGCACGAGUUCUGGACCGUGCUCCUGCCCUUUGUCGCCUACUCGCUCGGCAUCGCCCUCGCGAGGAAGCGUCGGAACGACAUCAGGUCGGAGCUCGUCAGCCGGGUUUGCGAGAGCAGCUCGCCCGAGACCACGCUCAAGCUUUACGACAGCAUGGUCGAGCAAGGGAUCGUGCUGGACCCGACGGCCGUCGACAGGGUGCUCUGCGCCUGCGCCGCGCUGGGCGAGAUCGACCGCGCGCUGCGCAUCCAUGACGAGAUGCCUCUGGGCGGGAUCGUGCCCAGCAGCGAGGCCUACGGCGCUCUCAUCAGGUCGUGCGCCGCCGCCGGACGGGCGGAGGAGGCUCUGAGCCUCUUCGACUCGAUGCGGGAGGCGUGCGUCGUUCCCGACGGCCCCACCUGCCGCGCCGCGAUCCGGUGCUACGCGAGCGCGGAGAGGCCCGGGGAGGCCGCCGCGCUCCUGCUCGAGGUCCUGGCCCGCGAGGUGGGCAGCCGCCACUGCUGCGCGCGGGUCGGCCGGAGCACG